AUGGUGAAAGACACGAAGAAGAAAAAAGCCGACAAGAAGGCACGAGUAGCCACGAAGCAAGAAAAGAAAGCGACGCAGAAAGAAAAGAAGCAAAGCAAGAAAGGCAAAGACGAGAACGACGACAGUGAUGCCGAAGACGUCGACCUCGACGCCAUCCUCGCCGCGUACCAAAAGCAACAAGAACAGUUUCUUAAAGUCACCGAAAUCCCCAGCGAACCGCCGACGCCGCGCUCCUCUGCUACGCUCGUUGCCUCGCCUAGCAACAGCAAUGAACUCUUGCUCUUUGGAGGGGAGUACUACAACGGCAGUCUAGCGGUCUUCUUCAACGAUUUGUAUAUUUACAAGCUUAAUCUGGGCGAAUGGAGGCGGGUUAACAGUCCUAAUUCGCCACUUCCUCGCUCCGGCCAUGCGAUGUGUCAAGGAGGGAAUGCAGGCGGGAUCUACCUUUUUGGAGGGGAGUUUUCAUCCCCCAAGCAAGGCACUUUCUACCACUACAAUGACUUUUGGAGACUGGAGCCGAGCACGAGGGAGUGGACGAAGAUUGAGUCGAAGCAUGGCCCGCCUGCACGCAGCGGGCAUCGCAUGACGUAUUACAAAAACUACAUUGUGUUGUUCGGAGGCUUUCAGGAUACCAGUCAGCAGACAAAGUACCUGCAAGACGUGUGGCUCUACGAUACGCAAAACUUCACCUGGCACUGCCCCGCCAUCCCGCCCGCCGCGCAAAAACCCGACGCCCGCUCCUCCUUCUCCAUCCUCCCCCACGAAUCCGGCGCUGUGCUGUACGGCGGCUACUCUCGCGUCAAAGCGGCAACAACGACAGCCAAAGCGACCAAAGGCGGGCGAGCAGUGUCGAAAAUCACCCUGAAACCCGUCGUACAUCAGGACACCUGGUUCCUGCGCAUCACGAAACCCGCUCCGGAGGCGCCCAGUAGCACUCCACCCACGGCGCGAUGGGAGCGACGCAAACGCCCGGUGAACACGCCCAAUCCCGCUCGCGCGGGCGCCACCAUGGCCUAUCAUAAAGGCCGUGGGAUCUGUUUUGGCGGGGUGCAUGAUGUCGAGCAGUCUGAGGAGGGGAUUGAUAGUGAGUUUUUCAACCAGCUCUUUGCUUACAACAUCGAUCGGAAUCGCUUUUUUCCGCUUGCGCUGCGCAGGCCGCGGACGUCGGCGAAGAAGAUGGUUCCUGUGGCGGAGAGGGGCAAGCGGGGUCGCGGGAAGGCGGAUGAGGAGGAGCUGUUGCGCAACUUAUCGCUGAUUGAGAACAAGAAUGCGAAUGGGCUGGAUGGGGAUUCGAGCGAGACUCUCGAUGCUACGGUCAACGAGGAUCCCGAGGAAAGGGUUGAGAAGAUUGAAAGACCGGUCAUUUGGGAGAUGCCGCAUCCGCGCUUCAAUGCUCAGCUGGCCGUGCAGGACGACACACUCUAUAUCUUCGGCGGCACCUUCGAAAAGGGGGACCGGGAGUUUACAUUCGAUGAAAUGUGGGCGAUAGAUCUCGGGAAACUUGACGGCGUAAAGGAAGUCUUCAAACGCGAGCUAGAGGAUUGGCAAGGAAGCGAAGACGAGGACAGUGAAGAAGACGAUGACGAUGAGGGAGAAGACUCGGAAGAGGAGAAUGAGGACGGCACGGAGCCAAGCACGCCAGCGACUUCUGUCGCGACGGAAGAGUUGCCGACAGCGCUACCCGACACCCAAGUUGAGCCAGAGACGGUCGAGUCAGAGCCAGCUGCCGCUCCCAAUCAACUCCCGCAUCCCCGCCCAUUCGAAUCCCUGCGGGACUUCUUCGCCCGCACCACCAACGACUGGCAAGACGUAAUCAUCGAAGCGAGAAAGUACGAGCAAGGAGCUGCAGAGCUGUCGGUGAAGGAGCUGCGCAAACGAGCGUUCGACCGCGCGGAGCUACAGUGGUGGGAUGACAGAGAGGAGAUUCAGGCUUUGGAGGAUGAGCAGGAAGCCGCCGGGAUCAGCGAAGUCGUCAGUCUUGACCAACGAGGUGGAGGCGAUAACGUUGGUGGUGGGCGUAGAAGAUAG